AGAAGAAUAAUAAUGAUAUUCUUCAGACAACUUAGCUAGUGAGUUUUCAGAUGUAUAUAUAACCUACUAUAUUCAACUCUUAUGAGCAUCAACAGGGACUCUCGUGGACUAACCAAAUUCCAAGUUACAGAUUCUAUCAAAGCUAGCUACCUAUUGAAAACUCUUCUUUUAUCAUUUGGGCGUUGCAAGAGAUAAAUGAAAAUGGACAUAUACGAGCCAUUUCAGCAAGUUAGCCUGUGGGGGGACAACUUUAAACUUGAUGGCGGUCUGAAUUCAAUUGCUUCCCCAAUGUUAAUGGUUGACAGUACUAGUGUGGAGAACAAGUAUUUUUUGAAUUUGAAUUCUCCAGUCUGAGGAUAUUCCUCAGGAAUCAAGAGAGCCUUCUGGUUCUGGAGCCGAUCAAGAGGCUACAAAUAAAGAAGUUAACAAGAUGCUAAGACGCCUAGCUCAGAAUCGAGAGGCUGCUCGGAAAAGUAGGCUGCGGAAAAAGGCUUACGUUAAACAAUUAGAAUCAAGCCGUUCGAAGCUCAUGCAACUGGAGCUGGAAAUUGGGAAAGCAAGAAAGCAGGGUCUGUAUAUGGGCACUGUAUUAGAUGCCGGCUAUAUAGGAUCAACAUCAGAAACAAUAAAUCCAGGGAUUGUGGCUUUUGAAAUUGAAUAUGGACAAUGGGUUGAAGAGCAACAAAGGCGGAACGAAGAACUUAGACAUGCAUUUCAAGCGCAAGCAUCUGAUGUACAGCUGAAUGUAGUGGUUCAGAGUGUCUUAAACCAUUACUCAAAUCUUUUCAGAAUGAAAGCAGAUGCUGCAAAGGCUGAUGUCCUCUAUUUACUCUCUGGUGUGUGGAAAGCAUCAGUGGAGCGCAUUUUCCUUUGGAUUGGAGGCUCCCGUCCAUCACAGCUUCUAAACAUCAUCGUGCCACAACUUGAGCCUUUGACUGAUCAACAAAUUGUUAGUAUUAGCAACCUCCGUCUAUCGUCUCAACAAGCUGAAGAUGCUCUUUCACUAGGAUUGGAAAAACUUCAGCAGAGUUUGGUCCACGACAUGGCAGUUGAUUCACUGGGUGUAGGAAACUUCGGACUUCAGAUGGUUCUUGCGAUGGAAAAAUUUGAGGCACUAGAAGGUUUUGUAAUCCAGGCAGAUCACCUUAGGCAACAAACUCUGCUUCACAUGUCACGCAUCCUUUCAACUCACCAAGCUGCUCGCGGCUUACUGGCUCUCGGGGAAUACUUUCAUCGUCUUCGCACUCUUUGCUCUCUUUGGUAUGCUCGUCCAUAUGACCUUGCCUAGCCUCUCUAACUUAGGCUCCUCAGGACUCCACAAAUCACCUAAGAUUGCUCCUUAGAGGAAGAAACCUACCUGCUUCUGCUUGAACUUCUUCAACUGAAUGAUCUGUUCCGUGCUUUACAAAACAGUUACUCGAUUUUGGAUAUGAAUAUGAGUUAAUGCCGUGUACUAGCAUCAGCAUGAAGCAAAAUUAUGUGAUUUGCUGCUCUUGAGAGUGUGCUUGUACAUAAUCAGUGUAUCAUCUUUAGUAAUUAGUACUAUAUUAUAUAUUAUGAAAAACUUUCUAGAAUCUUUCGGGGAAAAAAAGUGUCCAUUAUUUUACUUUA